AUGAGCCAAGCAGUCCCUGCCGGGAAAAUGUACUCCUCCAAGAGGAGCGUGCCGUGGAGGCAGCAGCAGAAGCCUUGGGCGCCGUCUGUGAUGGCUGGCAUCGACCUGCCUGUGGCAAUGGAGGCGAAAACCGCCCUCUGUUUCCGUCCACGUGGGGAGACGUUUUCUACCAAGGGCAAGUCGGCGCUGGAUCAGCCAUGGAUAUCGAACCACGCCGACACCCACACCCGUAGAGGAGUCUGGUCCCCGGAGCAAACUGCAAGCAUUUCAGCCUGCCUAGUGGCUUUGACAUUGAGGAGUGGCGAGUCCAGGCUCGCGAAUGUCGCUUUGUGA